AUGAUAACGAAAAAAGAGUGCCCCGUGCCAUUUCCGAAAGCAAUAUUUUUAUUCCUAUAUGUUAUUCUACUAAGCAAAUCCGAAGAUGUUAUCGCACACCCAUACAAGCAACAACGCUGCUCCAGUCGCUUAGAAAAUGCUUUGGAACAUAUGCGCCGACGUAGCAUACCAGCGAAAAGUUCAAGGUCAUUUUCUGGCGAAACUCCGUACACAUUGUAUCAAACGUUUUACGGUCAAAACAGUGAUCCCGAAGAUGAUUUUUAUUCUGGUGGAGAUAGAGGCUAUUAUGCAAAGAAUAUACAACGACAUCCGCAUGCCGAUCCACCUCCAUUCGCGGGAGGGCUAGAAGAUCUAUUUUCGUCAGGAUCCAAUCAACGUCAACCACAUAAAUUAGCUGCCGUCUCCAGUGUAGAUGUAGAGGAUUUGAGAGUGCGUUUACCUUCUAAAGCUACAACCACACGCUGGGUCGAGGUCGACAAAUGUAGAUUCAGUACACAAAAUUCAACACUGGAUACUCGUCUAAUUUUUCCGGAUUUAACAAUAAGUGGAAAAGUGGUGCUACAGCCGACUGGUGGUAAAUGUCACAUGAUUCUACGUUUACGUCGGGCUGGUAUUGAAUUUCGUACAAUACCCAUUGGCUUUGAGAGUGCUGCGAAUGAGGAAUCGCGACGAAUUGGUGCUGCUUCCGUGCGUACGGACUCUCAUUUUGCUGAGCCAGGGUUUAUAUCAGUUUUUGCACACGGCUGUCAAGGACCUUCAGGAGUGAGACUACGUCAAAAUUCGAAGCGUCGAUUUGGCUUCGACAAUGAUUCAGGCGACCAGGCUACUGUCAAACCGCCAGUUAUACAACUAUCUGAGCCGCAUGUAAUUCUAGGCACUACUUCAACGUACACACAAACAUCCGGAAAUCGCUGGCGUAAAUACUACAAUCCUUAUGCUUACGAUAUACGUAGCGAGAAUUAUCAGAAAACAAGCCGUCGCGAUUAUGACCCUCACUGGCGUAUGGAUAGACAGUCCGCGGAGGAGGUGUUUUAUGAUGAGCGCGAUAAAGAGAACUUUUACCGUACGCAAUUACGCGCCAAACGCGACAUGAGUGCCUAUCAGCAACAUUUGAGCCAAUCGACGUGGAAUGAUGAGUUCAGCUUCAAUGACGACAUACUUAAUGUGUCAGAUGACUUGCAAGAUCUAAUAGCACCAGAUGCAAGAGCUUUUGCGGAUCUGUAUGGUAACAUGAGUGGGGAGCGUAUCUCGGAGGAGUUGGAGCGGCAAAAUGUUCGCGAUCGGGAUGAGGCAGGCGAUGCUUUCUCCAGCGAAUUGGAGAAGAUAUUUUCAAUGGGUGUUCGUGGACUGCUGACCACUUACAUGCAGCGAGCACUUCAACCGGCGAUUAAGGAAACACUGAUGGAAAAUAUGGGCUAUACGCUGAGCUAUGGCUGA